AUGCGGAACGCGCUUCGAGCAAAGAAGAAACUUGGAUUCAUUGAUGGAACAUUGAGCAAACCCCCUAAGGACUCAACAGAGAUGGAAGACUGGUGGAUGGUGAAUUCCAUGCUAGUUGCAUGGAUUACCAAUACAAUUGAGCCAUCGUUGCGGUCUACGGUGACGUACAUGGAAAACGUCAAAGAUUUGUGGGAGGACCUGCGUCAAAGGUUCUCAAUUGGUAAUGGACCAUGUGUUCAUCAACUGAAGUUGAAAUUGGCUGCGUGUAAGCAACGCGGGCAGCCGGUGAUGGCGUACUACGGUAAGAUAAAGAUGAUGUGGGACGAGUUGGUGAACUAUGUGUCGAUACCCGUGUGUCAUUGUAACGGCUACAAGUGUGAUAUUUCCGCUGCGCUUGAAAAAAAAGGGAAAAGAGAAAGUUCAUCAAUUCUUGAUAGGGCUCGACGAUGCAAUAUAUGGGACCGUGCGUUCAAAUAUAUUGAGUAUGGCCGCUACCGAACAUGA